AUGAGGGUUGGAUUGGAGGCUGCCCAUGGUGCCGUGGUGCCAAUUUCCUUGCAGAUCCCCGCUGAUCUGAGAUUUGCCAAAAAUGUGAGCUACCUGUGCAUGUGUCUUCCUGGCUGGGAAGGGAAUUUCUGUGAACUAAGAGUCAAUGAGUGUGCCUCCGAACCUUGUGCAAACAGAGGAACGUGUACGGAUCUUGUAAACGGCUAUCACUGCACAUGUAGUCCAGGCUGGCAAGGGUCAGUUUGCACAGAAGAUGUGGAUGAAUGUGAUUGCAAUCCCUGCCAGAAUGGUGCCACCUGCUUUGAGCCUGCCAUUCCUGGAAUAUUUGAAUGCAUCUGUCCCCCAUUCUUCACUGGUGACCUGUGUGAGCAGUCGUUUAAUCCAUGUGCCAUCCACAACAACCCAUGCAGUAAUCUUUCCACUUGCAUUACACAAAGCAACGGGACAGCUCUCUGCAUCUGCCAGCCAGGUUUCGAAGGAGCUCGCUGUGAAAUUGACACAAAUGAGUGUCUCUCCAAUCCUUGCCAGAAUCGGGGACCCUGCUUGAAUGAGGUCAACGGCUAUAGAUGCCUCUGCUUGCCAGGUUUCUCUGGAGCUCAUUGUGAAACAAACAUUAACGAAUGUUCAUCUGGACCCUGCCAAAAUAACGCUGCUUGUCUGGAUCUACAAAAUGGGUUCCAGUGCAAUUGUACAGUGGGAUACCACGGGAUUUUAUGUGAACUGGAUGUGAAUGAAUGCGAGCUUCUACCUUGUCUGAACAAUGGCAGCUGUUAUAAUAUGCCUGGAGGCUUCCUGUGUCUCUGUCCCCGUGGAUUUACAGGUAGAAGAUGUGAAGUUAAUAUCAAUGACUGUGCAUCUGUUCCGUGCAACAAUGAGGGGACAUGCAUUGAUGGUAUCAGUCUCUACAGCUGCAUCUGUUUGAAAGGUUUUGCUGGAACGAAUUGUGAACACAAUGUAAAUGAAUGUGCCUCAAACCCUUGUCUUCAGGGCAUUUGCGUGGACUUGGUGGAUGGAUUUCAAUGCCACUGCAAGCCAGGAUGGAUGGGUUCACGAUGUGACAGCAAUAUUGACGAGUGCAGUUCCAACCCUUGUUUAAAUGGAGGAGCAUGUCAGGAUUUAGUUGGUACCUAUACCUGCACAUGCUUGGAUGGAUACAGUGGCAAGAACUGCCAAACAGACCUUGACGUCUGUAAAGAAAAUGUGCUGAACUUCACCCACUGUCUCAACGGAGGAAUAUGCAUUGAUGGACCGGGCACUAAUUUCAGUUGCUGGUGUCUUUCAGGCUUUGGUGGACAAUUUUGUGAGAAGGAGGUUGAUGAAUGUAGUUCUGUGCCUUGCCUCAACAAUGGAUUCUGCCAGGACUAUGUGAACGGCUAUUCUUGUAUCUGCACACAAGGCUGGAUAGGAUCACACUGCCAAGUGGACAUUGAUGAAUGCCAACCAAAUCCAUGCAUCAAUGGGAUUUGCUUCCAGAAAACUCCUCGGCCUGGCUACACUUGCUUCUGUAACCCGGGAUUUGUGGGAGCAAAUUGUGAGCAAAAUUACAAUGAUUGUUUCAUCUACUCUUGCCCUAUGGGUUUUGAAUGUGUUGACGGCCUUAACAAUGUGAGCUGCAUUCCGGUUUUCACUGCAACUGAGACUACAAACCCCGCUAGAACAACGCCUAUUGCAACACCCCAUGUCAUUCCUACCUUGAUCUCACCAGUGCCUCUCAUGUCGGACAACACCAGCAGUCAGCAUGACAGAGAAUCUGAGAGUAAUUCAUCUGACAAUGGAGGUAUGUGA